CGUCAAACCCUUGCGCUCACGUCGUUCGUACGCCGUCGUCUUCCUCGGCGAUAGUCUCUCCCCCUCGCUGGUCUUCCGUCUGGUGCGUAGGAGUAGGAGUUCGUCAGGUCCUCUCCCUCGUUGGUCUGUCUCGCCGUUCGUUUGCAGCCUGUCCCUCGUCGAUCACCAUCAUGUCCGGUGAAGUUACGUCAAACCCUAAAAAGACAAGGUUGAUCCAUGAUCCGUCGUCCAUAUAUUACCUUCAUCCCUCCGAAGGUCCAGGUAAUUCUUUGACAAAAUACCUCCUCAAAAGUGACAAUUUUGAUAUUUGGGAAAAGGCAAUUCGUAAUGCAUUAGGUGGCCGUGGAAAGUCUAUUUUUUUGUCGUCCGUAGGGAUUACCAAACCUACUGAUGAACAUGAGUUGUCUGCGUGGUGUGCUAAUCAUCAAAUCAUUUGUAGUUGGAUUUUUAACAGUGUUGAUGAAUCUAUCCAACCGAGUAUUGUUUCUCAUUCAAUUGCUUAUGAGUUGUGGGAUGAUUUGAGGAAACGAUAUAGUUGUUCAAAUGGGCCUCGUGUGUAUCAGUUAAAGUCUGAGUUAAAUGCUAAACGUCAGAAGGGUCAAAGCGUCGUUUCGUAUUACAACCAGUUUAUCACUCUGUGGAACCAACUAUACGGCUCUUCUGACCUCACCGGGGGCUGUCGGUGUGAGGCUGCUGGGGUCACACGUGCCCGUAUUGAACGUGACAAAACAGUGGAUUUUUUACUCGGCUUGGAUGAUGAACAGUUUGGUAAUAUCCGUUCCCAAAUCAUUGGUACCGAACCGGUGCCCGAUCUUGAUCGUGCAUACUUCUUGGUUACUCAAGAGGAGCGUCAUUGCCAUAUCAUUCGUACUCGUGAUGAUCGUACGGACUCUGUUGCUUUUGCCGCGAAACAGGACAAACGCCUCCCAGUACCGAAUAAACCGUCUUGUUCACACUGUGGUCGUACUAAUCAUAGCAUUGACACAUGUUUUGAGCUCAUUGGAUUUCCAUCUCAAUUCGCCUGUGGUGGGGGGCGAGGUCGUGGCAGCCGCGGGGGGUCCUUCUCUGGUGGUCGCGGUGGUCCUCGGUACGGCAGCAACACCCCUGCCGGCAGUGGGCAGGCGGUCCAGGGAGGCAGUGGCAGUAACCCCGUCGGCAGUGGCCAGGCAGUCCAGGGAGGCAGCAGCAGCAACCCCGCUGCGGUCCAUGCGUCUAUCUCUGAUUCAAGUGGCAAUCUCAGUGAUCAAAUGUCUCGAUUAAUGUCGAUGUUGGAGGCGUCGGCAUCUCAUACGUACACUGGACCGUUCGUCGCAGAUGGUGAUUGGACAGGUGGCUCGUGGUUGCCAAUAUCAAUUGAGCUUCUUCUCUUGGUUUCGUUUCAUUUUGACUUUGGAUUCCUGUUCCUCAUCUCUGGUCGAUCACAUCCAUUGGUGGAAUCGUCCAUCCACGCUCUCUACUGGAAGCAGUGGGCGUUGACCUCUCGUGACACUGUUCAUCUUCUUCCCCGAUGAUAUUCCCCCUUUUCUUUGAGUCUUAUCGGGUACUUUGGGUUCCUGCAAAGCCCAGAGUUCGAAGAAAACAAAGAAGAAGAGUCCUAAGAAGAGAGGGAAGGAAGAUGAAACUUCGAAGCAGGCCAGCGUGGGUACAGACAUUGCUGUGGAACUGAAAGGAAAGGAGAAAGGCCAGAUAUCCUCCUCU